CACUACAAAGUUCAAAGUGCUGCCCUGGGUGCCAGUGCUCCUGGUAAUCCACCUCAACGAGAGGAUUAGCUCUGAGCAACUGGGAGCUGAGCUUGUCCUUGCUAGCAAAGCACUCAAACUAGCUGCAUUGGUGGGGGGGGGAAUUUUUCACACCCCUGAGCCAGUAAGUUAAAGCGCUUUAAUUUGCCAUUAUAGAUAAUCCCUGAGACUUAAUUCAGUGAAACAUUUUACAUCUAUACCCUCAGAAACAAAGAAUCCCUUAUCACUAUAUCUGAUUGCAUAGAGUCUCCUAGCAGUUUCCCAAGUUGUCUUAUCUGCUGCUGGGAUUCCCUGCAUUUUUAAAUUUAAUUUUUUCUUCUCAUUUUAGAGCUAAAUGAAUUUCUGGCUUAGUGUCAAAACUUUGUUUUGAGUCAAUCCACCAGUGGGGAUUGCAUUUUUGCAACUGUUAUUUUGCCUCUCAGUCUAGCCCUUAGUGUUUUUUCGCAUGCCAUUGUGUACAACUUGAUUCUCAAAUAUUCAAUAAAGGCAGUAUACUAUCUCCUAUAACAUCUGUCUCCCUGGAAAAAAUAUCUAUUGUAAUUUUUGCAGAAAAUUAGAACUGCCAUUGUGGGUCAGACGAAUAGUCCGCCUAAUCUAGUAUCCUGUCUUGUGAUAGUGGUCAAUGCCAGGUGCUUCUAAGGGCAUGAUCAGACCAGGCAAUGACUCAGUGAACCAUCCCAUUGUCCGCUCCCAGCAUCUAGCAGUCAAAGCUACACAAUGUCUUCUGGAAACAUCCAGGGAUCCCAGACAUUAAUUAAACCAGCAUUCAGUGAAAAAGAAGCCACUGAGUUAGUUGAAAGGGUAUUUGGAUUAAAAGUAUCUGUGAUCAGAUCACUCCCAAGCUAUGAUGAUCAGAAUUUUCACGUGCACGUUUCAAGAAGUGAGGGAACAGCAGACUGUGCUGACAAGUAUGUUCUCAAAAUCACCAACUGUGAAGACAGCCAGAAUCCUGAACUCAUUGAAGUGCAGACCCAGAUCAUGAUAUUUUUGAAUGUUGAAGGGUUUCCUUCAGCUACGCCCCAUCUUACUAAAGAUGGUAACAUAAUGUCUCUAGAAUCAUUAGGUACAGGUUCUGUGACAAAAAAGUACAUGGUGAGACUGCUGACCUACCUCCCAGGCAUGACCGUGGCAACCAUCUCUACAAAUCCUCACAUUUUAUACGAGAUUGGGAAACUAGCUGCCAGAUUGGAUAAAACUCUCACAGAGAAAUUCCAUCAUCCAUCAAUAAAAAGUCUGCAUCGAGGGAAGUUCAUUUGGAACUUGGCAAAUGUUCCUCUUCUAGAGCAGUAUAUUCAUGCCUUGGGCCAGAACAGUUAUCGUGAAGUUGUGGAGCAAGUUAUUCAGCAGUUCAAAGAUAAAAUAGUACCCAAGCUAAGGAAUUUUCGAGCCUGUAUCAAUCAUGGGGACCUUAAUGAUCAUAAUAUCUUAUUAGAUUCCAACACUGCUUCACCAGAGAAUCCACAAUAUAGAGUGUCCGGUAUUUUGGACUUUAGUGACAUGAGCUAUGGUUACUAUGUAUUUGAAUUAGCAAUAACUAUCAUGUACAUGAUGAUUGAGAGCAAGGAUCCUCUCAGUGUGGGAGGGCAUGUUCUUGCAGGGUUUGAAAGCAUUGUACCAUUGACAAUAGAGGAGAGAGAUGCCCUGUUUCUCUUGGUGAGUAGUAGAUUUUCUCAGUCACUUGUAAUAGCCUCAUACACUUUCCUCUUGUAUCCUGAGAACAAAGAAUACCUAAUGAUCACAGCAAAAACUGGAUGGAAGCACUUAUUAAGAAUGUUUGACAUGGGCCAAGAAGCUGUAGAGAAGAUUUGGUUUGAGACUGCAAAGGCAUAUAUGAACAAUGAACCCGUGUAGCUUUCAUACCUUUAUUACAGACACAAAUGUUCAUAUACUUACAAGUAAAGAUGCACUUGACAAUUUAUGUAAUUGUACAAUUUUUAUUCACAACAUUUUUAAAGCAAUUUUAAGAUAAAAUAAUGCAUUGAGAAUGUUUCAUAGAUGCAUCAAUGGCUCUUAAGACAAUGAUUUUUUUAAAAAAACUACAAGUUGUCUGCUCAUGUUCAGAGACCAGGGUGAUGCAUGCACACUGAAUACUUACACACCCAAACAGCCAGUCAUGGAUACACCUAAAGACAGUCACUUGGUUUGGUAAAUGUGCAUUGAAAUUGUACAUUUUUCACAGGUAAUUGUCCAUGUACUGUUUAGAAAAUUGGGCUUAACAUUGUUACCUGGCAGUUCUGUGUACUUGGGGAACCAGGGCGCAGUACCCAGCCUGUCUGACUCAUGAAAGACCUUCCCCCCGUUGCCCCGCAUCUGCUUGAAUCAAAACCAAUCAGAAGAAAGACUUACAAAAAGCAAUGAAAAAGCAGUGGGGGACACACCUAAACCCCUGGGAUAAGGGUGACAGGAUUAAGGAAACUCCCCUUGCCUCAUUUACAUCGAAGAUAGGACAAGGAGGCAUCUCCAUAAGCAUACAGAAUGGAGAACAGAGAUUCCAAGGCAAGAAUCACAGGGAACUCUGGGACCAGAAAAAAAGAGAAGCACUCCAUGACAGGGGAUCUCUGCUCCAGAUGUUAAUGAACCCACGCCUGCACACACUCGGCUCAGUAGUUAUCAGACCAAUUCUAGGAAUAAAUCCUUUAUUGGUAUCCAAAAUAGUGAAGCUCCCUAAUUGCAUUGUGAGCUCCCUCCAAGGACCAUCACUCUUAGCCAGGAAUGAUCAGCUCCCGUUAUAUAGCCUUAACAAAACAACUUUGGUAUACUCCCUUGAGCUAUCAGUUUACAAAUAAAUUUAGAAUUCUCCCUUGAACCAUUGUUGUUUCUCUACAAAAACCCCACCCAUGCCCAAGUAAGUGUUCUGAUGCCUGGAUCCAAAAUCUGAAUCAGUUCUGUUGGGACUUCAUCUUCUCCUGACAGAUCGUGCUGGGGCCUCUGCCUGUCUCCAGCACUCCGGACCCUCAACUACCACCACCUUCUGGGACCCCUGAUCAAUUCAAGCUUCACGGAGUGCUGAGAACCCAUCUCUCUCUCUCUCUAGGUAUAGCCUUCUGACCCUGAAACUUGUGUGAUUAGUUAUCAUUUUCUAAACCUGACUUUUAUAAUCAAAUUUAAGUUAGAUUUAAUAUUAUAACUCUUUUGUUUGUUUGGCUCCCCUAUGGUUAUUACCUGGCAAUAAAUAACUUUCAUGAUUAA